CAGCUGUCGAAAGGCUCAAUCUACUAGAGCUGGCUAGUGAUGUGCGUGCAAAAUUUCUAAACAUUUAUUGUGCGGUGAAAUCCAAAAUAUCUCGCGAACUAGCAAAACUCCGCCGAGUGUCAGUGAUAAAUUCGACUGCACUCCCAAAUUUCAACAUCGAGCAGGCUUCAACCUCCAGGGCUGGUGUCCGGGCCACUAGGCUGCCUGAGUUUAAGCUGCCACGAUUUGGAGGCGCUUAUAUGGACUGGCCAGAUUUCUACGCUAUGUACACUACAGUCAUCGGCAACAACGAGGACCUGACCAAUUUGGAAAAAUUCCAGCAUCUACGCUCCUGUUUGGAUGGCCCCGCGUUAGACACAAUUCGCUCGCUGGAGCCAACAGAGGCCAAUUAUGAGAAGGCAGUCGACCUAUUGACUGCUAGGUUUGAUAACAAACUUUUGCAUUUUCAGGGGCACAUACGAUCUAUUUUCAGGCUUUCUAGUGUGGUGAAAGGGUCGGCAAGGAGUUUGCGGCAAUUGAGCGACGGCAUCAACUCUCAUCUGCGAGCCCUUAACACAAUGGCAACCACCCAGGAGAUUGCGGAUGGAAUGCUCAUAUCCCUGGUGUCCUCCAAACUGGAUCAGCAUACACAGGAGAAGUGGGAAGAGGGAUUGCCUACCAAUAAGCUGCUAAAAUGGACGGAUAUGGCUGCCUUUUUGGAGAAGAGAUGUCGGAUGAUGGAAAACAUUGAAAAUGCUAUGGUAACCCACACACCUAGCAACCAGAAUCGCGCAGAUUCAAGAAAGGACCAAGGAUAUGGCUUGGCAUCAUAUAUCGACCCACUACAACCCGGCUGACAUAUUAUCCAGAGGAUGUACUCCGCUCGAACUUUUG